ACUUCGCGGCGGCAUGGCGGAUUCUGAGGUUUUGGGCUUUGAGCACAUGGGCCUGGACCCCCGGCUCCUGCAGGCUAUCGCAGAGCAGGGCUGGACUCGGCCCACGCUUAUCCAAGAGAAGGCCAUUCCACUGGCGCUUGAGGGGAAGGACCUGCUGGCCCGGGCCCGCACCGGUUCGGGGAAGACCGCUGCUUAUGCCAUCCCCCUGCUGCAGCAUCUGCUUCAUAGGAAGGCGACAGGACCCGUGGUAGAACAGGCUAUUCGAGGCCUUGUUCUUGUACCCACCAAGGAGUUGUCGAGGCAGGCGCAGACCAUGAUCCGUCAGCUGACAGCAUAUUGUGCCCGGGAUGUUCGUGUGGUUGAUGUGUCAGCUUCAGAGGACUUUGCUUUUCAAAGGCCCUUGCUAAUGGAAAAGCCAGAUGUGGUAGUAGGCACACCAUCACGAGUGCUAAGUCAUUUGCUGCAGGGAAAUUUGAACUUGCGGGACUCCUUGGAGCUGCUUGUAAUGGAUGAGGCCGACUUGCUUUUUUCCUUUGGCUUUGAAGAAGAGCUUAAGACCCUGCUUUGCCACCUUCCUCGGAUAUACCAGGCCUUCCUCAUGUCAGCUACUUUUAAUGAAGAUGUACAGGCCCUCAAGGAGCUUGUAUUGCAUAAUCCGGUAACCCUGAAGUUACAGGAAUCCCAACUUCCAGGGCCAGAUCAGCUGCAGCAGUUUCAAGUGGUCUGUGAGACUGAGGAGGACAAAUUCCUGUUACUCUAUGCUCUGCUAAAGCUAUCUUUGUUGCGGGGCAAGUCUCUACUCUUCGUUAACACCUUAGACCGAGGUUACCGCCUUCGACUUUUCCUGGAACAGUUCAGCAUUCCUGCCUGUGUGCUCAAUGGAGAGCUGCCUCUGCGUUCCAGGUGCCAUAUCAUCUCACAGUUCAACCAAGGCUUCUAUGACUGUGUCAUUGCAACUGAUGAGGAAGUGCUGGGGGCCCCUGUUAAGGGCAAGCGUCGGGGCCAAGGAUCCAAAGGAGAGAGGGCUUCUGAUACAGAAUCAGGUGUAGCACGUGGCAUUGAUUUCCACAAUGUAACAGCUGUGCUCAAUUUUGAUCUCCCACCAUCCCCUGAGGCAUACAUUCAUCGAGUUGGCAGGACUGCACGUGCCAACAACCCAGGAAAAGCCCUGACCUUUGUCCUACCCACAGAACGUCCCCAGCUGAAAGAAAUUGAGGAAGCCCUUGGGGGAGAGAGUUCAGAGUCCAUGUUUCUUCUGUACCAGUUUGGAAUGGAGGAGAUUGAGGGUUUCCGAUACCGCUGUCGGGAUGCCAUGCGUUCUGUGACAAAACAAGCCAUUCGGGAAGCAAGACUGAAGGAGAUCAAAGAGGAGCUUCUGCACUCAGAGAAGCUUAAGACCUACUUUGAGGACAACCCUAGAGACUUACAACUCUUGCGACAUGACCGGCCCCUGCAUCCUGCAGUGGUGAAGCCCCAUCUUGGCCAUGUUCCUGACUACUUGGUCCCCCCUACACUUCGUGGCAUUGCCCGCCCUCACAGCAGGCGGAAGCGGAACAGACCGUUCACCUCUCAAAGGAAAUUUAAGGCCCCAAAGACACAGAACCCUCUUCGAAGUUUCAAAUACACCAAGAAGAAGCCACGGACCUCUGCCCCUUCAGCUAAGCACUCCUGAGGUUGCUCACCUAGCCCUGGGCCUGAAUGUGAGACAUUCCUCUCUUCCUUUGGGAGCUGGCCAGCCACUUGUUUGUCACCCUAGAUGGAAGGCUGGCCGGCCCUGUGCUGUGAAGUGACUCUUGGACUUAGUGUGGGAUCUGCUUAAGAGACUGGACUCCCAAGGGCCAGAUAGAGAAGGUUAGCAACCUUUCUGUAGUGUCGGCCUCACUCCUUGUUAAGAUGGAAGAUUCUGCUCCCCAGGCUGCAGCAUGCUGUAUCUCUCCUAUGCCACCAGAGGUCGCCAUACAUAGACAGAGCUGGAAGGAACUUAAGAGAACUAGUAGUCCACCUCCAAUGAUCAGUGGGACACUAAUAAAUGGAAUGAAAUACAUCCUCAUUCUUCAUACUCAGCAUGCUGCAUUGACUGCUACUUAUACCUUAGCAUCUCUGUUCCCUAGACUGACCUUGAUUUGCCAUACUUCUCCCCCCUGUUAGAGCCCCCAGACUCACUGCCCAAGACCACAGGUCCCUGGCUCGGGUCUGGAGCCAUGGUCCUUUGGGUGCACACACGUUUCUUGCCCAUUUUCAGGCCCUGGUUUUCACUCACACACCUGAUUAGGAAGCUGGUUUGCAAGAACUAUGUCUCUUCCUGUCAUCCAAGAGCUCCACUCUCUGCCUUUUCCUACCCAUGCGGAAGUUUCUACUGGCACCUGGAAUGUAGCCUUUUCAUUUUUACUUGAGCUUUCUUUUACCCAUUUGUGAGGGGAAGAGAGCAUUCUUUUUAAAAAAUAGAAUACUAGUAUUUGGCUUAAGGACCUAAGCUCAAAUCCCAGCUCUGCCUUGACCUUGGGCAAGUAAUAUAACUUCUCUGGCUUCAGUUUCCUUAUCUUUAAAAUGGUAAGGUUGGACUAGAUAUUCUCCAAGGUCCCCUUCUAUCUCUAAAAUUUAUGAAUCUGUGAGACAUUGUUUUCAGAGUAUAUAAAAGGUCCCCUGGUUGUGCCCACAGUAGCCAUGGGCCUCCUAGUUCCCCUUCUCUGACAAACUUAGAGCAGAUGUCAGUUAUGGGGGAGAGCCUCCUUUGGAAGAAAGAAGGAGGGUUACUCUGCUAUAUAGGGUGUGUCCCAGUGAUGACUCAGCAUUGCCAUUUAGUCAGCCACCCACUCGUUAAGUAUUACAGUGCUAGGUAGUAGCCAUAAAGUUAACUCUGGGCACAUGGGCUGUUGGGGACAACGACCUAGAAGAAAGAGAACAGAUUUAAAGAUACUAUCAUUUUAGAAUCAUCAAACUUGACAGAUAAGAGAGAUCAUCUUAAAGCCUUUGGUCUACAGCUGAGGUCAAAGUGCCCUGCCUCUAGGUGAGUCUUCUGGUAAUGUGAUUUGGGGGGGAAUGGGAAGAGAUGCUUAGGGCCUAAGCAGUGACUGAAUAGGACUGAUGCAUAUUGUGAGGGAAGGGUGGCCAGGGACACUAACAGUAUUUAUCCAAACUUCGGAAAAGUGCAGUCAUGAGGUAGAAGAGGUAAAAGACCUGACUUGUCAUGGUGAGUUGACACAAUUCAAUCGUUUUAACCCAAAAAAUAGUUAUUAAGCUUGUGCAUUAGCCCUUUGUGAACUUCUAAGGAGCUCAGGGUGUGGAUUUUAAUACAACAUUUUGACAGUCACAAUGUUUGGGUGAUCGAAGUGCAAAGACAGAAAUGAGACCUUGCCUUCAAGGAACUUACAUUCUACUGGAGGGCUCUAGCCCCCUCACAGAUAAGUGUAUGCAAAAUAAUUUCCAGUGGGAGAAAGUACUGAGCGGCUAGGGGAGGGAGAUCACUUUCUCUAGUUGGUGUCACCUGAGCUGUGCUUUGGACACACCUAGGGAUUCCAAGAGGGGAGGAGGUGCAGCCUAUACAAAGGAAAGGAGUUGAGAGGUAGAAUGUUGGGUAUAAGGUACCAUGUUGCUUUCAGACUUGAGGUGGUAAGAAUGUAGUGGGAAUUGCUGUUGAAAAUGAAGGAGGCUACUCUUUGACCCAGAGAGCCCACUACUGUUGGGCCUGUGCCCCAACAUCGAAGACAAUAUAUUGGGAAAUAGCUUAACAAAUUGUGGUAUAUGAAUAUACUGGGAUGUUACUGUUCAUUAAGAAACAAGCAUGACCAUUUCAGAGAAGCAUGUGGAGACAUCCAUAAACUGACACAAAGUGUAAUCAGCAGGAAAACUAGAUGUGCCUAGUGGCUACAACAGGGUAUGGAGAGCAUAAUGAAUGAAACCAAACAGUGAUGUUAAGUAUAGCCCCCAAAAAGUGAAUCUCUGAGGAAAAAGCAGGCCUUGCCAAGGCAAACCCCUCUGUUUGUGCCCUUGAUCCCAUCCCCCAGGAACUUCACUCUUCAAUCACCCUAUCUCUUCACUAAUAGUGAAUCAGCAAGCAUUUAUUAAGUGCCUACUGUAUUGACUUCUCGGCCUACUUCGCUGCUGAUUUUACAGACCCACCGUAUCUGAAAAAACUAAACAGUCUGUGCUACUAUUCUUUCCAGCUGUUCUGUUUUUUUUUUCUUAUUCUGUGAAGCUAGGCAGUGCUUUCUACAGUUGUAGCCUCUAACCCAGACCUGCACAACUUGGCAGCAGAUAGGGGCUAAAAUUAAAAUAGGCUAAACUUCAGGCUGCAUAAACCAUGUUUUUCUUUUUUUUUUUAAUUAAGAUUUUUUAUUUUUAGUUUAUAAUACUCAGUUCCGCAUGACUUUGAGUUCCAGAUUUUCUUCCCCGCCCCGCCUCCCCAAGACUGCAUGGAAUCGGAUAUAUCUUCUACAUGUAACUUUGCAUUAAACUUAUUUACACAAUAGUCAAGUUGUAAAAAAGAAUUAUGACCAAUGGAAUGAAUCAUGAGAAAG